AUGAGGAGACCAACCCUUCAUGGUAACGAGUUUGUCUCAGCAGAGUGCAUACUACGAGCAGCUCUGGAAGAUGGACCCAUAGGGUUCAUGCUGUUGGAGGAGCCACCAUCAUCACUCCUGGCCUUUGGUUUUGUACCUACAGGUGCAGACAAAGGAGUCAAGAUGGAGGUGGAGGUAGACAAGGUGGUGAUGGCUGCAGACAUACCAAAGCCAUACCAACACCUGCGAGAUGUGUUCGAUGAGGUGGAAGCAGACAAGCUGCCCCAUCAUACCGAGCAUGAUCUCCACCUCGAGUUGAUAGAAGGAGGUAAGCCACCUCAAGGGCCCCUGUACCUUAAGGGACCCAAGGAGAUGUCCAAGUUGAGGAGGUACUUGGAUGAGAACCUCGAGAAGGGGUUCAUAAGACCAUCGAAGAGCCUGGCACAAUCACCAGUGCUCUUCAUACCAAAGAAGGAUGGAGGUCUCAGACUCUGUGUGGACUACAGAGGUCUCAACGAGAUCACUGUCAAGAACAGGGCACCAUUGCCCCUCAUUGAGGAGCAGUUGUUCCUACUCAGGAAGGCAAGGAUCUAUACCAAGCUAGACCUUGAGCAGCAUACAACCUCAUCUGGAUUGCUAAAGGAGAUGAAUGGAAGACAGCUUUUGGCACUCAGUUGGGACUCUAUGAGUACCUAG